GUAGGGUGUCACCAGCCAAAGCGGUCACUGUAAACUCUGUCCCUGAGCGGGAGCAGUUCUCUGGGCCUCUCUCCGUGUGUGUGUGUGUCUCAGACAUGGCUUCCCCGUCUAACAUGCUGGCCGAGGAGCAGGUGCACUGCUCCAUCUGCCUGGACGUCUUCACCAACCCCGUGUCCAUCCCGUGCGGCCACAACUUCUGCGUGGGCUGCAUCCGCGGCUACUGGCGCACCAGCGUGCUCUACCAGUGCCCCAUGUGCAAGAAGACCUUCUACAAGCAGCCCGACACCAGCAUCAACACCGUGCUCCGCGAGAUCGCCGAGCAGUUCAAGGACGUGCGCCGCAAGAACAGCCUGCUGCAGCAGCAGAAGGAGCUCGAGGAGCAGGAGGCGGAGGAGAAGAAGGAGGAACAACAACAAAAAGAACAACAACAACAACAACAACAGAAGCAACAACAACGGCAGCCACCACCACGACCAAAACAGCCAGAGAAAGUGCUACAACAGCAGCAACAACAACAAACACAAAAGCAAGAACAACAAGCACAACAACAACAACAACAACAGAAGACACAACAGGUGGUGCCAAAGCUGAAGAAGAAGCCGCAGGUGGAACAAGAGGAGCUGGACGUUCCUCCGCUGCCCCCUCCCCCGCCCCCGGUGGCGCCCCCUCCCGGCGAGGAGCUGCUCGCCGACAUCCCCGAGCUGCUGCCGCCGCCGUGGGCCGAGGAGGUGUCGUGCGACGUGUGCACGGGCAUGCGGCUGCGCGCGGUCAAGUCGUGCCUGGUGUGCCUGACGUCGUACUGCGAGGAGCACAUCAAGUCGCACGGCGCCCGCUUCACCAAGCACAAGCUCAUCGAGCCCGUGGCCAACCUGGAGGAGCGCAUGUGCACCAAGCACGAGAGGCUGCUGGAGCUCUACUGCAAGAAGGACCAGACCAUCGUCUGCGUGCUCUGCACCGAGAUGGACCACCGCGCACACUACACCAUACCGGUGGAGCGCGAGUGGGCCGAGAAGAAGACCCACCUGAAAAAGGCAGAGGCUGAGGUGCUGCAGAUGAUCCAGGAGCGGCAGAGGAAGGUGGAGGAGAUCAAGCGCUCAGUAGAGCUCAACAAAUCCAGUGCGCUGCGUGAGAUCGAGGACAGCAUGCAGGUGUUCUCGGAGCUGGUGCGGGCGGUGCAGCGGGCCCAGGCCGAGCUGGUGCUGGCCAUCGAGGAGAAGCAGCGCCAGACGGAGCGCUGGGCCCAGGGCCUCAUCAUGGAGCUGGAGCAGGAGAUCGCCAACCUGCACAAGAGGAACUCCGACCUUGGGCACCUGGCCCGCACAGAAGACCACAUCCACUUCCUACAGAAAUUUCCGGCACUUUGCACACACCCUCCCACCAAGGACUGGUCCGGGACCAGUGUCCACACGGAUCAGUGUGUGGGAACCAUCAGGCGCGCCGUGUCCAGACUGGAGGACACACUGGAGGAGGAAAUAGAGAAAUUGGCUGCUAACGAGCUGAAGAGAGUCCAGCAGCAUUUAGUUGACGUGACCCUUGACCCCGACACCGCCAACCCGUGGCUGCAGCUGUCCGAGGACUGCCGCCAGCUGCGUCACCUGGGCUCGUGGCAGGACCUGCCGGACACGCCCGAGCGCUUCGACACGGUGGUGAUCGCGCUGGGCCGCGAGCCCAUCGCCGCGGGCCGCCGCUACUGGGAGGUGCAGGUGGGCGACAAGGACGACUGGUACCUGGGCGUGGCGCGCGCCUCCGUCAACCGCAAGGGCCGCAUCGCCGUCAGCACCGCGCACGGCUACUGGGCGCUGGCCAUGAAGAAGGGCGGCGAGUACCGCGUCUCGGCCAGCCCGCCCCUGCUCCUGGCGCCGCCCGCCAAGCUCAAGCGCGUCGGCGUCUACGUGGACUACGAGGAGGGGCAGAUCUCCUUCUACGACGUGCUGGCGCGCAGCCACCUCCACACCUUCCUAGACAGCUUCCAGGAGACGCUCUACCCCUUCUUCUACCUGUACUGCUGCGACAAGGCCUCGGACACCAUCGCCAUCGGCCCCGCCAGCGACAAAACCCUCAUCAAACAGUGCCUGGAAUGAAUGACGCCCCGAGACUCUGAAAUCCAAAACGAUUAACACUUUAACGUGCUCAACCUACUGUACUUAAUGAUUGAAGUUGUUUGUCUUUAUAUUUCUUUUAUUUCAUAAAGGUUGUUUUUGUUUGUUUAUUGAGUAGAAAUGAUAAUUUGAUCUGUUAGAAUUUGUUAAGGAUGUUUUCACUGCCAUGCAUGGGUAAAACAGCAGUAUUUAUAAUUGAUCUUGAAAUAAUUUAGAUGGUUUAAGAUGUUGUAAUUAGUGAGCUUUUGAUCCUGUCAGUACAUAUAUAUAUAUAAAUCUUUGUUUAUGUUACAAAAUAAAAUACAGUAAAUUCAG